AUGUGUCAUGAUUUCUAAUAGUUUUAUUAGUUUGCAUGUUUCAAUGGGGACUUUUAUUUUGAAGGCGACACGCCGAUUCCCCUUUUGCUGCUCACAACACUCGCGUGUUUGAAUGAAGGAAGGAGCCCACGAGUACCUUCAGGCUCAACUCAAGAAGAGUACUAUAAACGUUGACUAGUAGCAAAUUAAACGAUACAUUGUUAGCAUUUAAUCCAACGUGUACGAUCAAGGAUUGAGAUUUAGUACAGUAGCUAACGAGUCCUGUAUAUGAUCAAAUAUGUCCGAAGCACAAGACUUGAGAAAGCGCAGUAAGAAACGCUAUGGCGGCGGACACCGGAGUAAGAAGUACAAGGGUUCCCGGGAGCUCGAGGUGGGCAUGCAAGGUGUCCUCAUCACCUGCAAUAUGAACGAGAGGAAAUGCACCGCGGAAGCCUUUAACCUGCUGAACGAAUACGCCGACCAACUCUACGGACCUGAGAAUUUUAAGGAACCCGAGGAGAGCAGUAGUGAGGAAGAGGAGGAUGAAGAUGUGGAGGCGGCUCUGAAGAAGGAGGUGAAGCAGCUCAAAGCGUCGUCAGGGAAACGGCAGCGGCGCUUCCAGGCCAUGGACAGCGGGGCCAACAACGUCAUCUUCAUCAAGACCAGGAACCUCGACCCUGAGAAGCUGGUGCAUCACAUCCUGUCAGACCUCCACAUCACCAAAAAGAACAAGUCACGAGUCAUCCUCAGAAUGCUGCCGGUGAGUGGAACGUGCAAGGCGUAGGAAGACAUGGAUAAGUACCUGAGUGUGUUCUUAGAGCCGUGGUUUAAAGCCCCCAACCAGGGCAGCUACCAGAUCGCCUUUCAAGGCCCGAACAGUUCCCACAACAAGAGGGACAUCAUCAAGGCCCUGGCAGGUGGGCUACAUGGACACAGUACUGGGAAACACAUCUCGAGAUACAGUGUGUUCCAGAGACCAGAGAAUAACCAGCACCAGAUCAAUACAGUGUGUUCAGAGACCAGAGAAUAA